AUGCUGAUAUUGGACGAAAAAGCUGACAUCCUCGACAGGCAAGCAAGGAGAGCAAAUAUAAUCAUCGAUGGAAUUCCAGAGGUAGAAAAAGAGAACAAUUUAGCCACAGAAGAAAAGGUUCUGGAAAUAUUCAAAGAGAAACUCAACCUGGACCCAAAGACAAUCACAGUGGAACAAGCAUGGCGUACUGGAAAUGUGAAUAUUUCUAGCGAUGGCACUCAAGGCAGGCCACGUCCAGUCAUCAUUUAUUUUUCAUGUACAGGUGCUACCCCUCCUGCCGCCCCUCCUGCCACCACCACUGCUACCACUACCUCUGCUGCCACCCCUCCUGCCACCACCACUGCUACCACUACCUCUGCUGCCGCCCCUCCUGCCACCACCACUGCUACCACUACCUCUGCUGCCGCCCCUCCUGCCACCACCACUGCUACCACUACCUCUGCUGCCGCCCCUCCUGUCACCACCACUGCUACCACUACCUCUGCUGCCACCCCUCCUGCCACCACCACUGCUACCACCCCUGCUGCUGCCCCUGAGGCACCCAUGGAGCUUGGAGAAGUGAGCCACCCAGCCCUUGAGGAGGGAGAAACACUUCCUGUGGAAGAAGUGAGGCCUCCUACUCCUCCCCCCCAAGCUGGUCAGGACGAGGAGGAAGAACCAGUGCUCGUAGGCAAGGGCCGUGGACGUGGACAGAGCAAGGGCAAGGGGAAGACUGCCCCCAAGAAGGACUGGAGCCUUGAUGCUGCUGUAGAGGAGGACGUUCUCGAGUGGCUGAAGGGCAACCCCUACCUCUGGAUGCGCAGCAAGAAGGGCUACAAGCAGAAGAAGGCUGCCUGGGAGAUGAAGGCCCAAGAACUGGGGAUCGAUGUGGAGCACCUAGAGCAGUGGUGGAAAGGAAUAAAGGACUGGUAUGUGAAGCUCUCAAAGAAGACCAGUGGUCAGGCGACCAAGAUGCUCACAGAGAGGGAGACCUGGGUCCUGCAGCACUGUGGCUUCUACAAAGUUUCCAUCCCCAGUGACACUGGAGAUCCCCUCGUCACUCUGGCCUGGGUCCCCUCUGCCUCUGCCACUGCCAUGUCCACGGUCUCAUGCCCUCCCCCUUCAGUGGACUCUGACGGCGACAGCCAGGCUCACGUCCUCGAGGACAUGGAGUCUGCAGCUGUUGACCAGGCCUCUACAUCUCAGCCCACGUCCACGUCCAGUCGCAGCCGCAAGCGUGACAAGAGGAGAAGGGAGGAAGAGUGCCAGGAGGAGGAAGACACCUGGAUGCGAGAACUCCGUGCCACCAUGCAGGCCAACCAAGCCCUCCUGGAGAAGCUUGUGGAGGAGAGGCCCAAUUCUGACCGUGAGCCCUUCGUACGGUUUGUUGCUGACACCCUGCGUACAGCUCCCCAGGAGCAGUACGACGAGAUGAAGGAGCUGAUCUUUGAUAUAGUGCGCCAGGGCCGGCGCCGCCAGCCUGGUGACAGUGAACAGCCAUCCACGUCAUGGGCCAGACCAGCUCAGUCCGUGUCAGCACCCCCAGCCUGGACAGCUUCCCAGCCUUCCCCCCAGCCCUUCAGUCAGCAGUUCAGCCAGCCCUACAGCCAGCCCUACAGCCAGCCCUACAGCGGCAAGCAGUACUUCCAGCAGCACAACCCCCAGUACCAGCAGAACUGGCAGUAUGGCAGCAGCUUCAUGCAGCAGACCUCGUUCCCCCCCAUGCGGCAGACUGCUACUACACCCUCUCCUACACCUAUGCAGUUAUGUGCUCAGCAGCCCACCUACCCCCAGCAGCAGCAGCAACAGCAGGAGCAGACUCCACCAAGCCGUGCCCAGCCCAGAGAGUCAGCUGAGUCAUGGAGCAUCCAGUUGGCCCAGAACACGAUCCAGAGUAAUGAAUGGAACGCUAACCUCAGCUUCGACAGCACCAUGCUCACACCUGCAGGCAGAUCCAGACUUGACUCUCAGACAUCCAUGAACACUCCCAAUGUGUCAGCCACCUCUCCUGGACUACAGACCGGGCCUCAGGAACAGCCUACAGGACAGCCGACUCAGGAACAGUAGAGUCAGGACUCCAUUGUUAGUUUUGUUUAGUGUAUGCUCUUGUUUGUUAUUAGGUUGAGAAGAUUGGCUAUGUAUGCCUUGCUGUAAACUUGUGACUUAUGUUAUUUGCUGAAUAUAUGCCAAUGACAUUGGUAUAAAUUAUGAAA